AUGCUGUUCACCCCACUCGCGGCCGUCGUCGUCGGCCUAACCAACCGAUGCGACCCGCUGCGAGCUCGCGGGCCAGUCGCGACGGCUCGUUUCCCGUUGGGGCCCAACCGAUUCCGAGCUGCCGAGCAUCGCAUCCCGGGUGGCCAGAUCGUCAUCAAGCUCCAAGUCGGGACGCAUCCUCUCAGGAAUGCUUCGGCACGGCCUACCAGGAUAUGCAAGUGCUGUAGCACCUACCUCGACCGAGCCGCUCGUUGGGCUGCCGCCUCACUUGCUCCGGUGCUCCGCGGUUCCCCCCCCGCCUGCCCCCAAGCUCGAGUCUUGCAGGCACCGUCUCAUCCUGUGAUUUACGGCUGCUGACAAAGAUAUUCUUCCUACUGUUCCACCUCGCUUAUCUUGAUGGCAUAUUUGAUCUGGACACCAUCCGUGUGAAUUAUUCGUUGCCGGCGCUCGUGGGCCCAACCUCCGCACCUCGCCCCUCUUCGUCCCGGCGCGCUCUCGUUGAUCGCCCCUCGCUUCUCGCCGUCUAAAUGUCCGAAUCGCACCCUUUGCGCUCUUGAUCCUGGGCUGUGGCUUCUCUCUCCCUCUCCCUCGCGACGGAUUUCAUCUACAGAUUCAAAUCAAUGGCAAGCAUGGCCGCCACGCCUCGGGCACGUCCACCCCCGCUCUCGGCCACACCGCGACCAGCCGGCCCCUAGUGCUUCUCCACCCGACGACCCAGACCCGCAUCUCCAUCAACGUCCCUUCGACUGCGCAAGAGUGGAUCGCCGCCGAGGUCGCACGGGAUACGUUCCAGGACUGGCUGCAUGCUGAGGAGAAGGACGGCCACCUUGUCGGGUUUGAUGCCGUCGAGGCCGAUGAGGACAACGCCGACGCCGCGGGCGACGAUCGCGCCGAGAAGGAGCUCGUUCUAACCGCCUACUUCCUCCGCCAUGUCGCCUCGCUGCUUCCUUUCCCCGCGACCGCGACCUCUCCCGCAACCUCGACCGUCUUGGUCGCGACCUUUGCUCACUUCGUCCGCAUCUUUUUGGAGGCGACCGACGUGCACUCGCUCGGCGCCUCAUUGUCGGCCCCGAUCCGCUCGCUCGUUGUCUCGUCCUACUUUGCCGCACGCACCAAGCUCGAGGUCAACGGGCAAGCCAAGAAUCUGCCCAAGACGCGUGAUGCGGCCUUGCUGCGUGGCGUCGACAGUGGGGAUGCAGAGGUGUACGGUCUCUUCGGUGGCCAAGGAAUGAAUGAAGUCUACUUUGACGAGUUGCAGGUAUGUCCAGCUUGAGCGAUCAUCAUGUUAUACGUUUUGGGACCCCCCACCGGGGCUGACUAUUGUUCCACCGUUAUCCAGGACUUAUACGAGCUUUACGGCCCACUUUUCACCUCGUUCCUGGCCCUCGCUUCGGACCACCUUAGCAAACUCGCUGCCGCCGAAUCCUCGUCCCUCCUCUAUGACCACUCCCUUGACGCCUUGGCAUGGCUGCAAGAGCCGUCGAUCCGCCCCCCUGUCCCUUAUCUCGCUUCCUGCGCCGUCUCCCUCCCCCUCAUCGGUCUCACGCAGUUGUCGCAGUAUGUUGUUUACGGUAAGGGUUUGAACCUCGGUCCUCGCGAGCUCGGAAGCAAGUUUAAGGGUGCGACCGGUCACUCGCAAGGUGUCGUUUCGGCUUGCGUCAUCGCCGCCGAGUACCCGCCCGCCAAGGCCGACGGUACCGACUCCUGGACUCCUUUCUACGAGCAUGCUCUGCAUGGUUUGACCGUUCUCUUCCAGAUUGGUCUCCAAGGCUCCCUCACCUUCCCUCCGGUUGCGCUCCCGCCAACGUUGGUCGCGUCGUCGAUUGAGAACGGUGAAGGCACCCCGACGCCGAUGCUCGCCGUUAACGGUCUCGAACUGUCCAAGCUCGAGAAGAAGAUCAAGGAGGUCAACUCGUUCGUUGCCGGCCAAGGCCGACAAGAGACGCUCGCCGUCAGCCUCCACAACGGUCCCAGGACGUUUGUUGUCACCGGUGCUCCCAAGGAUCUCGUCGGUCUCGCUGACGGUCUCCGAAAGAGUCGAGCCCCUGUUGGAAAAGACCAAAGCAAGGUACACGUUUUUGAUUGAUCGAGCUGCGCCGAGCUGUGGCUAACUCGGAACGUGCCCCGUCCUUUGACAGAUCCCCCACUCGAAGCGAUUGCCGGUGUUCUCCAUGCGCUUCCUUCACAUCGGUGUCCCGUACCACUCGCACCUCCUGAGUGGUGCGACCGAGCGUGCGAUGGCAGCCAUCGGGGACGCCGAGUCCAAGCACUGGGUGCCUUCCUCUCUGGCCCUGAGCGUCUUCAACACCGAGGACGGUUCGGAUCUUCGGUCGAGUUCGGGCUCGUUCCUCGAGUCCCUCUUUACUCAGAUCUUCACCUCCCCGAUCUACUGGGGUGCCAAGGCGAUCAACUUCCCCUCAUCGGCAACCCAUGCGAUCGACUUUGGUACGGGUGGAGCUUCCGGCGUCGGCUACUUAUGCGUGCGCUGCUGGGAGGGUCGAGGAAUCCGCACGAUCAUGCUCGGCAACCGCGGUUCCGGCAACAGCUCUGGCCAAGAAGCUUGGAACCAAUCGUCGAUCAAGCGCGACACCCGAUGGACCGAGGCGCACAGCCCGCGCUUGGUCAAGACCGCCGAUGGCAAGCUCAACAUCGACACCCCCUUCUCGCGCUUGUUGUCGAAGCCGCCUUUGAUGAUCGGUGGUAUGACGCCGUGCACUGUGCGUGCCGGCUUCGUUUCGGCCGUCAUGAAGGCGGGCUAUCACAUCGAACUUGCGGGUGGUGGACACUAUAACGAGAAGGCGCUCCGAGGCAAAAUCGCCGAAAUCCAAAAGCUCGUCAACCGACCCGGCAUGGGCAUCACCCUCAAUUCGCUCUACAUCAACCAGCGUCAAUGGUGAGUUCGCGUUUAGCCGAUGUCACAGCGCACCCGGAUCGGGUGGGUGACUGACAUGACGUUGGCUUCUUCCGCUUCUUGCAGGACCUUUCAACUCCCUCUGUGGCGAACGAUGCGACAAGAGGGUCUCCCCGUUGAAGGCUUGUGCGUCGCUGCCGGUAUUCCCUCGACCGAAAAGGCCAAGGAGGUCAUCGACGGCCUGCGAGAGUCGGGCAUCAAGCAUGUCUCGUUCAAGCCCGGAUCGGUCGACGGUAUCCGACAGGUCGUGGCCAUCGCCGCCGCCAACCCCGACUACCCGAUCAUCCUGCAGUGGACCGGUGGCCGUGCCGGAGGUCAUCACUCGUGCGAGGACUUCCACGCCCCUGUGCUCGCUACGUAUGCAUCGAUCCGACAACAACCUAACAUCUCCCUCGUCGCUGGAUCCGGGUUUGGUGGCGCCGACGACACGUACCCUUACUUAAGCGGAGAGUGGAGCGAGAAGCUGUACGGCGUCGCGAGAAUGCCGUUCGAUGGUUUCCUGUUCGCAUCGAGGGUCAUGGUCGCCAAAGAGGCGCACACGAGCGAGAGCGUCAAGCAGUUGAUUGUCGAUGCCCAGGGUGUCGAUGACGACAAGUGGGAACAGUCGUACGACAAGCCCGUUGGUGGCAUCAUGACCGUCACAUCCGAGCUUGGCGAGCCGAUCCACAAGGUCGCGACGCGUGGUGUCAAGCUGUGGGGCGAGUUCGACAAGACGGUGUUUGCCUUGCCCCGCGAGAAGCAAGUUGCUUGGCUGCAAGACCACAAGCAAUACGUCAUCGACCGACUCAACGCCGACUUCCAGAAGCCUUGGUUUCCCGCUAAGUCCGACGGCACAACCUGCGAUCUCGACGACAUGACCUACGCCGAAGUCAACUCGCGCCUCGUGAGAUUGAUGUACGUCGCGCACGAGAAGCGAUGGAUCGACAUCAGUCUGCGCAACCUCAUGGGCGACUGGAUCCGUCGUGUUGAGGAGCGUCUGUCGAACGUCAACUCAGGAUCGCUCAAGGUCUCGACGCUGCAAUCGUACAACGAGCUCGACGACCCGCAAGCCUUCUUGACCAAGUUCAAUCAGCAGUACCCCGCCGCGGCUCAGACUUUGUUGUCGUCGGCCGACGUCGCCUACUUCCUCGCGAUUGCCCAACGACCCGGCCAAAAACCCGUGCCCUUCAUCCCCGUCUUGGACCAAACCUUCUCCGUCCUGUUCAAGAAGGACUCGCUGUGGCAAGCCGAGGACAUCGAAGCCGUCUUUGACCAGGACCCUCAACGAGUGUGCAUCCUCCAAGGUCCCGUCGCGGUCAAGUACUGCACAACAACACAGCAGCCGAUCGGCGAGAUGCUCGGCGAGAUCGAGUCGUCGCUGGCCAAGAAGCUGCUCGACGAGUUUUACGGUGGCGACGAGUCAAAAGUCCCGACGAUCGAUUACCUUGCACCUGAACCGAAGGAUGUCGACUCGGCUGCGUUGCUCGCGCAGAGCAACAUCACCCACUCUGUCGAAGCGCUCGGCAACGGUGGUGAAAAGCACUCGUACUUCAUCAACGGUACCUUGCCUUCAGAGGGCGACUGGCUCGCCCACCUCGGUGGACCCAAGCUGUCGUGGCUGCAAGCUUUCUUGUCGAACCUCAGCAUCACCUCGGGCGAUGCGUUGUUGGCGAAUCCGGUCAAGCGUGUGCUCGCGCCGAGGCAUGGCCAGCGAGUCGAGUUGUCGCUCGCCGCCGAUGGGUCGCCGCUCAAGCUCGACGUUUUUGGAGGACUGUAG